ACUACACGUUGAGGAGGACGACGCUAUACGUUAGUCGCGCGGCUGCUCUCCUCAGUGCGAGGAUCACUUUCAGGCGGUUCGGGCGGCCACCUUCGAUCUCACUCUUCCAUCCGUUUGUUUAUAACGUAUACAAGCAGGCGCACACUCACACAUACCUGGGGAAAAGGAGAGCUGUCCUGGAAUCCUCGUCAGACUAUCGCGAGAAGAAGGAAAAUGAGCAGCUAACGACGGAAAUCGCGGAGCUAGUUACGCAGGGAUUCCGUCGCACGCGCGCUGGCGAGUAACGAGAGUUCACAGGUAGUUUAAGAACAUAAACGACGUGUCAUUACGUGGGAUACUCCGAAAGAUGACGAACAAAAAGAUCGAGGAGCUCCAGGCCGAGAGGAUCAGAAGGAUGUUCAGCUGGAGCAACGGAAUCACAAGCGACGGCGCGGCGACGGGCACAGCUGAUCCGGAGAACUUCAGCAGUUUGGGCGGCGGCGGCGGCAUAAUGCAGCCGAGUACGGACGCGGAGAACCCGAGCGGGGUGACGACGCCGACACCGGUCAUGUCGACUCCCGGGCUCAACAAUCAGGCCUGGAACAGGCAGCAGGCCGUCAGCGUGAGACACGCCUUCAAGACCUACGGCAGCAGCAAAAAUCCCAAUCACGUCAUACAGAACCUCAACAUGACGGUGGCCAAGGGCUCGAUAUACGGGCUGCUGGGAGCCAGCGGUUGCGGCAAGACGACCCUGCUGUCAUGCAUAGUAGGUCGGCGCCGACUGAAUUCCGGCGAAAUCUGGGUCCUGGGCGGCAAGCCUGGCACCAAAGGCUCGGGCGUCCCGGGCAAGCGUGUCGGCUACAUGCCCCAAGAGAUCGCGCUCUACGGUGAGUUCACCAUCCGCGAGACCAUGAUGUACUUCGGCUGGAUCUUCGGCAUGUGCACCUCCGAGAUCGUCGAGAGGCUCAAGUUCCUCCUGCAGUUCCUCGACCUGCCCAGCCAGAACCGACUCGUCAAGAAUCUCAGUGGUGGUCAACAGCGGCGAGUCUCCUUCGCAGUGGCUCUCAUGCACGACCCGGAGCUGCUCAUCCUGGACGAGCCGACGGUCGGAGUCGACCCUCUUCUUCGGCAGAGUAUCUGGAAUCACUUGGUUCAAAUCACCAAAGACGGCAACAAAACGGUCAUCAUUACGACGCAUUACAUCGAGGAGGCGCGACAGGCACACACGAUCGGUCUCAUGCGAAGCGGAAGGCUGUUGGCCGAAGAAUCGCCGCGAGCCCUACUGCAGAUGUACAAUUGCCCAACUCUGGAGGACGUCUUCCUGAAACUGUCGAGGAAGCAGGGCUCGUAUCCUCAACCCGCCACCGAGCUCAACAUCACCAACAAUAUCAGUAUCGCGUCCUUAAACUGGGGCAAGAAGGAUGAGCCGGUGUACGUGACGGAGGAGUCAGGAGUGGUCGGCCUCAACUUUCAUCAGAGCAAAGAAGUUCUCAUUCACGACACGACCAAUGGAGUUGGUAGCCAUUAUGACCUCAAUGGAAAACCGUUGCCGGGCGUCAAGGAGUCGACGGUUGAAUGCGAGGACUGCAGCUUCAGCGACUGCUACAACAUCACCAGCACUGGAAAAAUCAGGGCUUUGCUGCAGAAAAACUUCCUACGAAUGUGGAGGAACGUUGGGGUAAUGCUGUUCAUCUUCGCGCUGCCGGUGAUGCAGGUGAUAUUGUUCUGUUUGGCUAUCGGUCGAGACCCCACGGGGCUCAAACUCGCCAUAGUCAACCACGAAAUGAACUGGGAGAACAAGAGCUGUCCGGUUUCCGAAGACUGCACCUUCACCUAUCUCAGUUGUCGAUAUCUCAAGUUCCUUGAUAAUGAAACGAUGAUAAAGGAGUACUAUCCGGAUCCUGAAUCGGCUCGCGAAGCUGUCCGGAGAGGUAAAGCUUGGGGUACCUUGUACUUCACGGAGAACUUCACGGACGCUCUGGUCGCCAGGAUGUUGCUUGGAAAGGAAGCUGACGAGGAGACGCUCGACCAGAGUGAGAUCAGAGUCUGGCUUGACAUGUCCAAUCAACAGAUCGGUUUGAUGCUCGCACGUAAUCUCCAGUAUUCCUACAGAGACUUUGCAAAGGACUUGCUGUCAACUUGCGAUCAGAACUCGAAACUCGCGGAUGUUCCGAUUCAAUUCAAGGAUCCGAUCUACGGAUCCAACGAACCGAGCUUUACGGACUUUGUUGCACCUGGUGUCAUCUUAACCAUCGUAUUUUUCUUGGCGGUGGCGUUAACGUCGUCUGCCUUGAUUAUCGAGAGAAUGGAAGGUCUGCUGGACAGAAGCUGGGUGGCCGGCGUGUCACCUGGUGAAAUCUUGUUUUCUCACGUCGUAACGCAGUUCGUCGUUAUGUGCGGGCAGACGGCGCUGGUAUUGAUUUUCAUGAUUCUCGUCUUUGGUGUUGAAUGCAAAGGCGAUAUAGGCUGGGUAAUCGUGCUUACGAUACUUCAGGGCUUGUGCGGCAUGUGCUUCGGCUUCGUAAUUUCGGCGAUUUGCGAGCUUGAAAGGAAUGCCAUUCAGCUGGCCCUCGGUAGUUUCUACCCCACGCUUCUACUUAGCGGUGUCAUCUGGCCAGUAGAGGGAAUGCCGACAGUUUUGCGAUACGUAUCGCAGGGCUUGCCGCUGACGAUGGCGACGACGUCGCUCCGUUCGAUGCUCACCAGGGGUUGGAGCAUCGUCGAGCCAGACGUCUACAACGGCUUUAUCUCGACGAUAAUCUGGAUCGUCGCUUUCCUCACAAUAAGUAUGCUCGUGCUCAAAUUCAAGCGCGGAUAAACGCCGCGAGAGAGAGCCUGAAUUUAUGAGACGAAUCUAAAAAAGAAGAAGAAAAAGAAGACAAAGAAGAAGCCUCAAAAGCGCCAUCUAUCGCGUUCCCUCUUUUCAACCACGUGUACAGUGUAUUUUCCUUUUUUUCUUCUCUUUUUUUUUUGUACAAUCCAUGUAAAAAAGGUAAAGACUCAAGCGGGCAGGCGGUCUUGUCGUUAUAAAAUCUUCGCUAGAGUCUAAGAUGAGCGAUAGAGAGAAAGAAGAGCGCCGCCGCUGUUACGUGCUUUUUCGGAACUCUGGACACUGUUCUCCUAUUUUUUAAUUCGGGAAAAUCCUUCUGUUCGCGACGGAGUCGGAUGAGUAAUUUCGUUUGUUAAUUUUAUCGUCGAAACUCAGAUGUUCGACGGCGGAAUGGCAAAGAGGCGCGUGCAUACUUUUUGGAUCUCCGCGCAAAAGGAUUGGGACUUUUUUGCGGGGAGGCGUGUCGUGAAAACCGACGAAAGAGGGCCAUUUUUCCAAAUAAAAGAACGCACCGGCGGCGUAUCAGCCGAACGUCCGACGCGACGUGUUUUUAUAUAGAGUAAAUAAUUGUAAUUGUAAUAAUCGUAUAGAUCGUUUUCUGGUGCCUGUUUUAUCGCGUGAACGUGAAUGUGCCGCGAUUGUUCAUAAGUAUAUGAUGUAAAAAAGAGAGAAAGAAUUAGCCCAAGUGUGUGCGAGUGCGUAUGUGAUUAAUACUACCCUUGGUCCGUAUAUAUUGUAAUCUUUGUUUGGUUGUUUUUCUUUUUUAAUUAUUAUUAUUAUUAUUAUUAUUAUUAUUAUUAUUUUAUUCUUGUGUAGCGCAGACUGCGUUUGUUGAUAUUUUUCGAAUUGUACUGCGCACGCGUCGUCGACAACUUUUUAAUUGUAUUGUAUUUAAAUCUAAAAUUCAAGAGCUUGAGUCCAUCGCUCGAAGAACGAAAGCCACUUUCGUGUAAUACUGUGAAUCGAGAUCGCACGUAUUAUUAUUAUUUUUGGAUUAUUUUAAGUGCACGUGUGCAUUAAUUUACCAUAGUCCUUCACGACGAUAACGUCUGGCGUUGCGCAGUUUUCCUUUUUUUUUCUAUUUAAACGAAAAUAAUAAAUAAAAUAACAGAGGAUCGCGGCAAGGACUUAAUCUUAAAUGUAAAUGGAAUUGGUAGAAUAGACAUUUUUGUUAUAUUCUGAAUAUCGCAUAAGUGUUUGAAUCGUUCUUCGAAUGUCUCGGAGCAUGGUCGAAGCGUCUCCGAUGGAAAAAAGCCGGCAAAAUAGUAAAAUGAUCGAGGCGAAGGAGACGCUUCAACGUUUUUAUACAUACACAUAAAUAUAUGCAAUUCAUACACCGAGCUAGACUCGAAAAAUUUAUAAAACUAUAUUGGUCAUAAAAGAUAGAAUCGCAAAACAUCGUACUUAACGUGAGGAAAGGGGCAAAUGAUAAAAUAAAAGUUUCGCACUCAGCGAAAUCCGUAUACGCAGUAUAGACGAUAACGUAGGAGUAAGAAAUGACGGAGUUUUACUGUGAAUUUCUUUAUAAUUUUGUAAUAUUGAUAAAACGUUGUUAUUUUUUUGUUGGUGGUUAAAAAAAUACGCAUACAUGUUGUGCAUGCGUGAUCGAUUGCAAAUCUCGAAAUGAAAGAAAAAACUAGCAAAAAGGUACGAUCAUGUAUUCAAGCUAUAAACAACGAAAUAGUGAUUCUAUUGAUGUUUUUUUUACUUAUAAAUUGUUGUUAGCGUUUGUUAUCCCCCUUUUCGGCGUCUCCUACGGAGAAAGAAGAAAAGGGCGUUAAAAAACUACAACCAAGUUGGAAAGAGAAGAGAUGAAAUUUUCAAGUUGAACCGAUCAUCAAAUUCAUUUUUAGCUUAUUUUUGCGGCACGAGCAAUAACGAUCCCAAGGAUGCUAGCAUUAGACUCGUGCUGGGACAAAGGUAAACUUGUAAUUAGUGUCUCUUUUUUAUAAGUUGUUUUUAGAUGUUAGAUGGUUAGCUAUAGGACGAUUCUACUUGCCCAUGACUUAAGUGUAUGUUUUAUUAUUUAACUUGUAAUAAUAACAAUUUCGAAAAUCCAA